AUGGAAGACAACAAACCCAAGUCCAACAUCUUCACAGAUGAAGGUAGGCUGCCACAGGUUGAAUUUGCAAUCAAGAAUGUUUCCAGGGCAGGAACAAUAAUCGGCCGUGUUUGUGUGGAUGGAGUGGUGCUUAUUGGAAUUAACAAAGAGCCUACGAACGGAUCUAUAGAAAAGAUAUACCAGCUGAGCGAUGAUAUCUACUGUGCACUCUCUGGAUUGUUUGGAGACGCAAUGAGCAUUAAGAAAUAUGCGCAGAUCAAGGCACAGGACACACUGGAGCGGUUUGGAGUAGUCUGCCCUCUUCUAACGCUUUGUAAAUUUAUUGGACAAAAAAAACAAGCAUUUACGCAGUAUGCAGGAACCAGACCGUUUGGUGUGUCGUUUCUAUAUGCCGGCGUCAUUGAAAACCAAUAUGCACUGGCAUCUACCGAUCCAAGCGGUACAAUAAACCGCUGGACGGCAAUGUGCUAUGGAGAGAAUGAGGAAUCGAUCAACCGUGCUCUGAGUAAUGAUGUUCCUGACGAAGAGAUGGACAUGGAAAAAGCAACGUUCGAAAUCCUCAAGGCUCUGGCGAAGGUCCAGGAAUCGACACCCAAACAGGCCGAAAGAAUGGAAAUUUUACACUUCUCAAGCACCAGCAAAAGAUUUUUGCAAAGGAACGAAAUCCAAAGUGUUCUUGAAAGAAUUAGCGCCAAAUAA